ACUGAUCUCCCGCAAUCAUCCACCGCUUUUCUACCUUCUCUUUAUAUAAAUCCCCCUUCUGAUUCUCCGCAACAAACUUUGGAUCGAAGAAGAAGAAGAGAGGAAGAAAGAUCAAAGAUGGUUGAGACCAGGCGAAGCUCGUCUUCCUCGAAACGUCCGCUCUCUGCACCUCUCCCCAGCGGUAAACGAUCCAAGGGGGCGCAGACGUCUUCGUCGACUAAUAGGCCGCCCUGUACGCCGCCGGCCGAAACCCUAGGUGUGGCGAAGGAGGCGGGGUGCGAAUCUCCCGGCCAGGAGGUUCGAUCUCCCGAUCCGCCUCGCGACGGUGGGCUGAAAUCGCCCGAUGGAGCCGAUGCUGCUGUGCUGGAGAAAUCGCCGGAUGUGGAAGUGGAGGGCGAGGCCUUGGUGUCUCCGAGGUCUUUAGGUGAUUCAACCUUGGCGGCGGAGAAGACGAAGCCUGCUGCUUCAGCUCGCCCAAAGAAACGGCAGCUGAAGUCAAAUUUCAAGGUCGCUUGGGGAAAGCUUCUUUCUCAGUGCAAUCAGAAUCCUCACAUUGUUAUGAGUGGUCCUGUUUUUACGGUUGGUCAAGGCCGUCAGUGCAACUUGUGGCUGAGAGAUCUAUACAUAAGUAAAUCUUUGUGUAAUCUAAGGCCCACUGAACCGCGGAGGGGUGGUUCUCCUGGAACCUUACUUGAGAUUACUGGGGGAAAAGGUGUCGUCCAAGUAAAUGGCAAAGUUUAUCCCAAAAACUCCAUCAUACCUCUGAAUGGUGGCGAUGAGGUGGUUUUCAGUUCAUAUGGCAGACAUGCUUAUAUUUUCCAGCAACUUGUCACUGAUGAUCUGGCUGCUACUGGCAUGCCACCUUCAUUAAGCAUAUUAGAAGCCCAUGGUACUCCAGUAAAAGGAUUACGCUUGGAGGCAAGAUCAGGGGAUGCUUCAGCUGUUGCAGGAGCAUCGAUUUUAGCAUCGUUGUCAAAUCUCCGAAAAGAAUUGUCUCUUCUUCCUACACCAUCUAAAAAUGAGGAAGACAUGCAACAGGGUUCUGAAGUACCAACACUACCAUCUGGGUGUGGUAUAUCCGAUAAUCAUAUUCUGGAUUCUGAAAAGAAGGGAGCUUCUGACCCUGAUGAUAGGACCAGUGCUUUGGAAAGUGAGAAGGCCAUUGUUCCAUCUUCUGAUGCUGUUGAUGAAAUUCCAAAUGUUGAUCCUGUUGGAUUGGAUGCUUCCGGGGAUACUGAUAUUGGCAAGGGCUCUGGGGAAACUCGUGAAUUGAGGCCCCUCCUGCAGAUGCUUGCAGGAUCCUCUGCUUCUGAAUUGAACUUAAAUGGCAGCAUAUCUAGAAUCCUUGAUGAGCAGCAGGGGGAACUCAGAAAACUUCUCAUGGAUCUGGAUACUCCAGUUCAGGUAUUGACAAGGCGCCAGGCAUUUAAAGAUGAUUUAGAACAAGGAAUCCUCAGUGCCAACAACAUUGAAGUUUCAUUUGAAAACUUCCCAUAUUAUUUAAGGAUAUGUUCAUGCAUAGAAAUGGAUGGAGUGGAGACUUUAUCUAGCCAACCCCAGCCAAUGGGAUUAAGUGAGACCACAAAGAAUGUUCUGGUCGCAUCCACUUAUGUACAUUUGAAGUGCUGUAACUUUGCAAAGUACACAUCUGAUCUCCCUACCGUGUGUCCAAGAAUACUGCUGUCUGGUCCUGCUGGUUCAGAGAUAUAUCAGGAGACACUGACUAAGGCACUUGCCAAAUAUUUUGGUGCUCGACUUCUUGUAGUUGAUUCCCUGCUACUGCCUGGUGGUUCAUUGCCAAAGGAUUCUGAUGCUGUGAAAGAGAGUUCACGACCUGAAAAAGCAAGUGUGUGCGCCAAGCGGGCUGGGCAGGCAGGUUCAGUACAGCCCAGAAAGCCAACUUCAAGUGUAGAGGCAGAGAUAACUGGUGGGUCUACCUUAAGUUCUCAGGCACAUCCUAAGCCUGAAGCAUCUACUGCAUCAUCAAAGAAGUACACUUUCAAGAAAGGUGAUAGGGUUAAAUUUGUGGGGUCCUUACAAUCUGGAUUUACUCCUCUGCAUCCUCCUUUAAGGGGUCCAACCUAUGGUUAUAGAGGCAAAGUUGUUCUGCUAUUUGAAGAAAAUGGUUCUUCCAAAAUUGGGGUUCGAUUUGAUCGAUCAAUUCCAGACGGCAAUGAUCUUGGAGGACGUUGUGAGGAAGACCAUGGAUUCUUUUGUGCUGCUGACUUACUUCGCUUAGAUGGAUCAAAUGCUGAUGAUGUUGACAAGCUUGCACUAAAUGAACUCUUUGAGGUUGCCUUGAAUGAGAGUAAAAAGGCUCCACUAAUAAUAUUCCUGAAAGACAUAGAGAAGUCAAUUGUUGGGAAUCUAGAGGCAUAUGCAACCUUCAAGAGUCAGCUGGAAAAUAUGCCAGAGAAUGUAGUUGUCAUUGCUUCCCAUACCCAGAUGGAUAACCGCAAGGAGAAAUCCCAACCAGGUGGACUUCUGUUUACGAAGUUUGGGAGCAACCAAACUGCAUUGCUUGACUUGGCCUUUCCGGAUAACCUUGGUAGACUACAUGAUAGAAGCAAAGAAAUACCUAAAACCAUGAAGCAGCUCACCCGUCUUUUCCCUAAUAAAGUGACUAUUCAGAUACCUCAGGAUGAAGCUUUACUUUCGGACUGGAAACAACAAUUGGAUCGGGAUAUUGAGACCUUAAAAUCUCAGUCUAACAUGGUUAACAUCCGCUCUGUUCUUAACCAGAAUUGCCUGGAAUGCUAUGACCUUGAAACACUGUGCUUAAAGGAUCAAGCCUUGACAAGUGAAACUGUGGAGAAAAUUGUUGGCUGGGCUUUGAGUCAUCAUUUUAUGCGUCACUCCGAAGUAUCAGUUGAAGAUGGCAAACUCACAAUUUCCAGUGAAAGUGUUAGGUAUGGGAUCGACAUUCUACAAGGAAUUCAAAAUGAAACCAAGAGUCUGAAGAAAUCUCUCAAGGAUGUGGUUACUGAGAAUGAAUUUGAGAAGAGGCUCCUUGCUGAUGUAAUUCCAUCUAGUGAUAUUGGGGUUACCUUUGAUGACAUUGGAGCCCUAGAGAAAGUGAAAGAUACAUUGAAGGAAUUAGUUAUGCUGCCUUUGCAGAGGCCUGAAUUAUUUUUGAAAGGACAACUGACAAAGCCUUGCAAGGGAAUAUUGCUUUUUGGGCCACCUGGAACUGGUAAGACAAUGCUCGCAAAAGCUGUUGCAACUGAGGCUGGUGCUAACUUUAUUAACAUAUCAAUGUCUAGCAUUACUUCGAAGUGGUUUGGAGAAGGAGAAAAAUAUGUCAAAGCAGUCUUCAGUCUGGCUAGUAAAAUUGCUCCUAGCGUUAUUUUUGUUGAUGAGGUUGACAGCAUGUUAGGGAGACGUGAAAAUCCUGGAGAACAUGAAGCAAUGCGCAAGAUGAAGAAUGAGUUCAUGGUGAACUGGGAUGGCCUGCGUACAAAGGAUAAGGAACGCGUGUUGGUUCUUGCUGCCACCAAUAGGCCCUUUGACCUUGAUGAGGCUGUCAUCAGGAGACUUCCCCGGAGGUUGAUGGUAAACUUGCCAGAUGCACCAAACAGAGAGAAAAUUUUGAGAGUUAUAUUGGCCAAAGAAGAAUUGGCACCUGAUGUUGAUCUUGAAGUAGUUGCUAAUAUGACUGAUGGGUAUUCAGGAAGUGACUUAAAGAAUCUGUGUGUGACAGCAGCGCAUUGUCCAAUAAGAGAGAUUUUAGAGAAGGAAAAGAAGGAAAAAGCUUUAGCAUUUGAAGAGAACAGACCUUUGCCUGCACUACAUAGCAGUGCAGACAUCCGUCCUUUAUGCUUGGAGGAUUUCAAAUAUGCACAUGAACAGGUCUGUGCAAGUGUGUCUUCGGAGUCCGCAAAUAUGAGUGAGCUUCUUCAGUGGAACGAUCUAUAUGGAGAAGGUGGAUCCAGGAAGAAAAAAUCCCUCAGCUACUUCAUGUAGAUGAGGUAUUUUGAGUGUAUAGAAAAAAGUUCCCUGUUUAGUUUGCAGUUCCUUUUUAAACUAGCAAAGCCUCUUUAGGUAAUUUCCCGAAACCUAUUCCCUAUGUAGGCCCUGAUGUAUCAUAUCUAGUUCAGGGAUUUGCUCCACCGUCCCCUGUAAAUUACAAAAUAUAUUUGCCUGGGUUUAUUUUAUACCAAUUUUCUUUUCUCGGUUUUGGCUACUCAAAGGCCACUUUCUUUGUACAUACAAUUUGAUUAAUUUAAUAAGGAACCUCAAUUUUGAUA